CAGAAAGAUUAAGCACAAAACAGAAGCACAUAGAUAGACAAAUGGCCACUAAAACCAAGGAAAGCUCCAUCCAGGACAAGACAUUUUCAGGAGUCGGAAACCUCGUAAAGCUCCUCCCAACAGGAACAGUUUUUAUGUUCCAAUUCCUUAACCCUGUCUUGACCAACAACGGCCAGUGUCACACCGUUAACAAGUACCUGAGUGGCAUUCUCAUGGGCCUCUGUGGCUUCUCUUGCUGUUUCUCUUGUUUCACCGACAGUUACAGGGGCAGUGAUGGCUGGACUCACUAUGGAAUUGCAACCAUGAAAGGGCUUAGGCCAUCUUCAGAUUCGUCUGCUGGGUCGUCCGUGGACUUGUCAAGUUACAAGCUUCGAGUUGGUGACUUUGCUCAUGCUUUCUUUUCCUUGAUCGUGUUUGCUGUGUUGUCCCUGUUGGAUAGGAACACAGUCAAGUGCUUUAAUCCUUCUUUCGAGUCCACUGAGAAGGUGUUGCUCAUGGUGUUGCCUCCUGCCAUUGGUGCAGUUUCGGGUACGGUUUUCAUGUUGUUCCCUAACAAGCGCCAUGGAAUUGGAUACCCUUCAAGUGAUUCUUCACAGGAUUCUUAUUGAUGAUGAAUACAUCUAUACUAUAAACAAAUAGGUUGCAAAAGUCUUGAAGAAAUUGGUUCCUGAUUUGCAGCUCUAUACCCUGAGAAUGCUUCUUCGUCUUUGAAUUUGUAUGAUUGUUUAAGAAUAGAAGAGGGAGGAAUGGAUAUAUCAUUUCCCUUCAAUAUAUGUAUAGUAAGUUUGUAUUUUGUCACAGUAAGAGGUUAUGCGAAUUGUCUUAAUUCCAUUUGUAAAUUUGAAGCUGAAGUCUAGUUCAGCUCAUCUUCUUCACCUAAGUAGUCUGGUGUCCUGGCAAUAUAUUCUUACGUACAUUUCUUAUA